GGCCUCUCCGGUUGCCAAGUAUCGCCGCCGAAAACCCCAACUUUGUCCCCUCCUUGUCCUCCUCCGCGCUAAAUCUUAACCUCCUCUUGUGUUCCUCCUCCGCUGCUGCCUUCUGCUCUUCGACCUUUUUCUGUUCCUCUUCCGUCUCCUUGACGGCGGCAGCAACGGCCUCUGGCGACUCGACGCCCCCGUUCUCCGGCUCCACUUCCCGCCGACACCACGGACGGAGUCGCCGUCGACCAUCCCCUCGUGAUCCUCCGUGCGGCGUAGCUCCGCAGUGUAGACGAUGCUCGACUUCCUCGUCCGCGUCCGCCGCUUCACCUCCUCGAUCUUCCGCUGGAUCGGCCGCAGCUCCAUAGCUGGCUCCGGAUUUGACACGGUGUGACCCAUUGAACACGAAGAGAGAGAGAGAGAGAGAGAGAGAGAAGUCGAAAUUUUAUUCGAGGGGAGACGAGAGGAGAUGAGGGAUAGGCUGGGGGCUUUUUCAAGGAGAUUAGGGUUAGGGUUUGGGGUCGACGCGGGCAAGGUCAUCGUCAUCGGCGCCGGCGGUACUGGGCGACCGGGAGCCGGGACCACCGGACGAGGAAGGCCAGCUUUUGGAAAUAAAGGCCCAGGGGAUUGGAUUUGGAUGACCCCGAGCCUUCCUGCGUCUCUUCGAUUAUUCUGCUAUUCCCCGAACCCUAACCCUAACCAGAACCUUAGUGUCAUGGCGUGCACGCUGGAUUUCCGGUGCCUCGACGAAGGCCUCGGCGGCCAGAAGAACAAGCGCAAGAGAUCCGAAUCCCAUGGUCCCGAAUCCAUGGAUGUUGACCCCAACGGCGACGGCGGCGAUGCCAUCCUCCCGCCGUCCAAGAGGCCCGCUCUCCCUUCCCUCGAGAACCCGGAGAAGCCCACGUUCGGCCGGCCCACUUAUGACGGCGUGAUCGCCGGCAAGGUCUCCGGCCGGAAGUGGAAGCAGACACGCACCCGCCGGGCAUCCGCCAUCGCCGCCUCCCGCCGCGGCCCUUCCCUCGAUCUCCGGACGAGGGAGAAGGAGCUCAAGCGGGCCUUCCGGGAGAGGAAGGAGGAGCUCAAGGAGGAGAUCCGGCGGAACAAGGAGGCGAAGAGGAAGAUGAGAGAGGAGAGGGAGAAGAGGAAACAGGAGAACACUCUGAGAACAGGCACGAAGCUCCAGAAGAUCACCAACCCCAAGACUUUGAAGAAAAUCGCUAAGUCGAAGCAGAGGAAGCUGCUCAAAGUCGUCCCGGAUGAGCUGCUCAAUAAGAAUAACAGUAAUAACAUGAAAGAGUAGGUGCCUUUUGGUGAAUCAUACCAUCUUUUUUCUAUAUCGAUGCUAAUCUUGUUUUUGUUGGGUAGUUGUCUGAUGUUGGUAAUUGGGGAAUAGAGUGGGUUUGGUUGUUUGAAUAGUUAUAUCUUUCAAAAUUUUGGGUAGAAAUAGAAUUCGCUGGUGUUAGAUUGUGUUUCUAUACAAUGUUGAGCUGCAUUUAUGAUUCUGCAUCUCUUCUUAUUCUUCUCUUCUUUCGGACAAUCUAUGGAGGCUUAUGUCAUAUGGUAUGAUCGUU